AUGGAUUUAGUGCCGGAGUUCAGUCUAUACAUGUUCGUACUUCUGCCACGGGAUGGCGGGAUUCAUAGUGGGGCACCCUACUUGGUCAAUACUGAGUUCACAUCAGUGUCGGUGAGCUUCGAGCCUCCAAAACUCGGGAUCGCAAUUGGGAGCAAAAGCAGCGGAGGCCUGCUUGAUGUACACGCAAGUGUUGAGGGUACGAUAGGCCUUGGUGCUUCGAGAACUCCGCAUGAUGCCAGGCAUCGCAAAAAAAAUUUUUCUUGGGCUGCAAAAGAUCAAAGGAAACAGGUGAACCUUAGUGAACAUGGCAGAUUUGGCGAAUGGCGCAGCAAGGCCAUUGGUGCCAGCCAGCUCUUGGCUCUAACAAAGCUUUGCUCUCGAGCAGGUAAUAAAGUUUUGACAACAGCAACUCCUGCUGGAGAGGGCAAUAAGGACUCUCUAAGUGGGGUUUAG